CAUCCCCCCAAUUGAAAAGCCGCGGUCAAUCGCCCUCGCAUGAACGCCACGUGGAGCGUUCCUACAGGCCCAACCGAUUGACCACGAAAUUAACGAAGAAGCGACAGGCCAAGUGAGACCACAGAUGCCCUUGUAAUGCCAAGAGGAAGGCCCAGGGGGCGUCAGUUUGACUCGAAUCCUUCCUGCUUUUCUUUCUUUUCCUCUCUCUCUCUCUCUCUCUCUACCCCCUCUGUUUGCUUUGCUUUUUUGCUCUUUUUCCUUCCUCAGAGAUCUAUCUAUGUCCUGCAACCCCUUCCCUCUCUUCUCGUAGACCCUUUUGGACUCACCUUCUUCAUGUGUGCUUUCUCCAAUCGCUCCAGGGAGAGAGAUAUGGCCGUGGAGCUGAUGAUGGGUUAUGGCAGCGACGCCGGUUUCGCGGUGAAGAAGGAGGAGAGCGCCCUGCGAGAGGCGGCCUCCGCCGGCAUACAGAGCGUCGAGAAUCUCAUCAAGAUGUUGUCCUCCUCCGACGCCAGCGGCCGACGGGCUGGGCAGGACUCCUCGUCUCCGUCGUCUUCCUCCUCGGGGGGCCCGAACCCCGCCGUGGACAUCGAAGCCGCCACGGACGCCGCCGUCAACAAGUUCAGGAAGGUCAUCUCGCUGCUCGACAGGGCGAGGACCGGUCACGCCCGCUUCAGGAGAGCCCCCGUCGCUCCACUCCCUGAGAACCGUGAGCUUGAAGUGCUUAAUCCGGCCCGGCCGGCCGAGAACCCGGUCGGAAGCGCCCGGUUGCAGAGCGCCGAACCGGGCUCGGCUUUCAAGGUCUACUGCCCGACGCCGAUCCAGCGCUUGCCUCCCCUGCCUCACAACCACCCCCACCCCCACCACCAGAUCCACCAGAACUCUAAUCCGGCGGCGGCGGUUCCGAAGGCGGAGAGAAAGGAGUCCGCGACGCCGACGACCAUAAAUUUCUCGGCCUCGCCGCCGAUCUCCGCUGCCAACUCCUCUUUCCUGUCGUCACUGACUGGGGAGACGGACAGCGUGCAGAGAUCCUUCUCUACGGGGUUCCAGAUGACGCACCAUCUCUCGCAUGUUUCUUCGGCGGACAAGCCUCCCCUGUCGUCGUUCUCGCUGAAGAGGAAGUGCAGUUCCAUGGACGACGCUGCUCUGAAGUGCGCGUCGUCCUCCGGCAAGUGCCAUUGCUCGAAGAAGAGGAAAUCAAGGUUGAAGAGAGUGGUUAGAGUUCCUGCGAUCAGUUCAAAAAUGGCGGACAUACCACCAGAUGAUUUCUCAUGGAGGAAGUACGGACAGAAGCCCAUUAAGGGCUCUCCUCAUCCAAGGGGCUAUUACAAGUGCAGCAGCGUGAGAGGAUGCCCGGCGAGGAAGCACGUGGAGCGAGCCCUGGACGACGCGGGCAUGCUCAUCGUGACCUACGAAGGCGAGCACAACCACUCCCUGUCCGUCGCCGAUGUGAAGGCGCCGUUGGUCCUCGAAUCUUCCUAGCCCUCCUUUCGAUCCAACGGGUCCACCAGCGAUUUCUUGGUCCCCCGGCUGCUGUUUGAUUGAACGUGAAGGAAGAAGCGACAGAAGCUUUUCUGCUUUAGAAAGAGAGAGAGAGAGAGAGGGCUCACAUUGUCAACGCGAAGAUGCUUUGGCUCUGUUCUCAAGGCGGAGGAGGAGGAGGUGGGCGAAGUUGGAUUCCUUUGUCUUCGGGUUUCUUUUGUUUUCUAUUUUGGCCCCUCCUUUUUUAAGUUAUUUCUUUUGUGACUUCUGGUACUUAAAAAGAAAGACCUUGUGAUUGAGGGGGAAAA